AUGAUUUAUAUCCAGAUGAACGGAUUUGUCGUAUUAAAAGUUUUUCAAAAACGAGAUGAACAUCUCAUGAUCGUUUUUGUUGUAACAUUAAUUUUUAUGAAAAAAGUUUUUUCGGUCACCACACCACUAUCCAACUAUUUACAGUCAAAAUCACUGGACUUUAUUGAGGCAUUAAGACUUGUAAAUAACGCAAAAGAAAAUUUACUAUUAAUGCGCUCUGACAUCAAAUAUGAACAAAUUAUUAAUGAAGCAAAACAGUUUUGUGAAGAACAUGAUCUGCCUGAAAAGGAUUUUAAAACUAUUAGAUCGAAAAAACGGAAGAGGCAAAUUGAUGAAGAUGAAAAAACAAAAGAAUGUCUUAUUGAAUUUGGAAAAGAUCCCGAGCAAGAGUUACCAAACAAUUGCUUUAAUUAUGUUGCAGAAUGGAUAGAUGGUAUAUCAUUAGAAAAUUUAAAAAAUGAAUACAAAGUGUUUAGUACUAGUGUAGUAUCUUUGCAUGAUGGAAAUAAAUUUCCGGCCAAUCUUCACAACACAUGCAUUAUUGAUGAAACAACAUCAGAAUUAAACCCAGAAACCUUACAAACCAGUGAAUCGGAAAUUGACCAUGAUGAAAGCCAAUCAAUAUAUUUCAAUAAUACUAUUACUGUAUCCAGUAUUUUACAUGUUUUAACAAGUUUUGAUUUAGUAUCUGCAUUCCCAAACUUAUAUCUGGCUUACAAGGCAUUAGGAACAGUACCAGCAUCUUCAGCAUCAGCCGAACGAAGCUUUUCUAAGGUAAAAUUAGUAAAAACGAGACUACGCUCAACAAUGGGUGAAGAACGACUUGAAAGUCUCAUUCUUUUAAGUUGUGAAAAGGAUAUAGAUAUAAAUAUUGAAGAAGCUAUAAACAGAUUUGGUUGUUCUUCGGAUUUACUAAAAUCACACCUUAUGUUUAAAUAA